GCCUUAGAAAAAAAAAAGUUUAGUAUUGCUCAUGGUAUUGCUGUUGUUCUGCCGCUAAAAUAGUAAUGUCAUCGAUAAAACGCGUUAUUUUUUAUUAAUUUUGACGUAUGUAAUAAUAAUAACUGAACGAAUUAGUGUCGUACGUGUCGACUUUAAAGUGGACAACCACGAAGAAGAAACAAGAAUGUUGGAUAUCUUGUUAGCUAAUGUUAGCAAGUGUAGCUAAACCGUUAUAUAGUAACGUUAUCUUCAUGAAUUAACGUUAAAUUCACGUAAGGUUAUUUUCUAAAAACUAGUUUCUGGAUUACUUCCACUUUAAAUGGAUGAGCACAAGGAGAACAUUCACACCAAGGACGUCAAUGUGAAGAUGUCUAACACAAAAGAAGAUGAAGAGGCAAAGCCAUGCAGCAGGAUAUGUCCUGAGGGAGAAUCUGCUCCUCAGGUGUCCCCGUCUCAGUCCAUCAGCGACUUUAGCCAUCCGGUGUACAAGGAGAUCUCUCUGGCUAAUGGACACAUCAACCGCAUGUCCAAGGACGAGCUUCGGAUCAAGUUAGCAGACCUGCAGCUCGACACGAGAGGUGUAAAGGACGUGAUGAAGAAGAGGCUGAAGAGCCACUAUAAGAAGCAGAAGCUGAUGCAGUCUGCCACCGAGGGAGGGCCCACCGACACCUACUACGACUACAUCUGCGUGGUGGACUUUGAAGCAACGUGCGAAGAGGAUAAUCCAGCAGAUUUCCAUCAUGAAAUCAUUGAGUUCCCCAUGGUGCUCAUCAACACGCACACCUUAGAAAUUGUGGAUUCCUUUCAGGAAUAUGUGAAACCAGAGUUGAACCCACAGCUUUCAGACUUUUGUGUGAAAUUAACCGGAAUAACGCAGAAAAUGGUGGAUGAAGCAGACCUGUUUCCAGCCGUCCUCCAGCGAGUUGUUGAUUGGCUUCAGGAGAGGGAGCUUGGGACCAAGUACAAAUACGCCAUCCUUACCGACGGGGCCUGGGAUAUGAGCAAGUUCCUCAACAUCCAGUGUCGGCUCAGCAGGAUCAGAUAUCCUCAGUUUGCAAAGAAGUGGAUAAACAUCAGAAAAUCAUACGGGAACUUCUACAAGGUCCCCCGCACACAGACGAAGCUGAGCACCAUGUUGGAGAAGUUGGGUCUGAAGUACGAAGGCCGUCCUCACUCUGGGCUGGACGAUUCGCGGAACAUCGCCCGGAUAGCUCUACGCAUGCUGCAGGAUGGCUGUCAGCUGCGCGUCAACGAACGCAUUCACGCCGGUCAGCUGCUCUCUGUUCCCAGCUCUGCGCCUGUGGAGGGAGCUCCUGCACCGCACAGCCCCCGCAGCAGGGACUAACACGGAAGUCUGCAUCUCUAUAAGUUACAGAAACAGAAAAGAUCCAAAGCACUUUUACAGUCUUUGUCAAGUUGUACAUGUUCUAGAACUUAAAAGCUGUAGUUGGUGAAGAGUAAUAAUUGGGGUCAACCUUUUGAUUUAAGAUUCACAUGUGAGGGUUUCUGUCUGACCACAACUCCAUAUAUUUUUACAGAUUUCUAAAAAGAGAUCAUUCCAGCGUGUUGUGGGAGGAUUUCCCAGUUGUAGUGCUGUCACCCUGCCUUAUCAAGCUGCUAAUAAUUCUCAAACAAUUUGAUUAAAAUGCAGAUUUCCAUUUUGUGAUAGUUGGAAUUUGUUUUUAUGUUAGGUUUCGCUUCAAAGAAUACAACUCCUAAAAACAUAAAGUAAUACAUACAUACAUACAUGGUCUUUCAUUAUAAGAAUACAGCACAGGUGUUUAUUUGACAAAUUAAUUAUCUGUUGUAAGCACUGUAUGAGUUGAGCCCGUGUGUAGGAUCCAUCUUUUGUAAUGAUAUUGAAUUAAUUUUUAUUUCAAGGAGGAUGCUCUAUUUUAGCAGGAACAAAUAUUCUUCUGAAUGCCAAAUAAUGCAAAUAAAAUGUUUGUUAUUGUAAA